AUCGAGCGGGAACUGGAUGCGUGGCGCUACAAACCUCCCCCCCCUCCUGGCGUAUUUCGCUCCAUCCAGGAUGGUCGUCGGUGGAAAUCUCUCAAGGGGGCUGAUGGCCAGCCAUUCUUCGGGCCUCAAGGAGGACAUGAGUUGCGCAUAGCAGUAAUUCUCCACAUCGAUUGGUUUUCGGCAUCUUCGAGCGCUUUCAGUGCGUCGUACUCAUCAGGCGCCAUAUCGUUCUCCAUUCCCAACCUGCCGCCGGUGCUACGGUAUCGUGUGGAGAACCUCAUUCUGAGCGCGAUGACUGAUGGUCCCAAGGAGCCUGACGCGGAGGAAUUACAGCAUUGGCUCGAGCUGGUCGUCGAUGACCUGCUCGUGCUCUUCUACCUAGGCAUAUUUGCCCCGACUGAGUCACGCAAGGAGGGCCGACGCAUGCGGGUUGCACUCGUCUGCACGUGUGCUGAUCAUCCCGCCAUGUGCAAGGCAGGUGGCUUUGCGGACAAGAGCCACACGAAGGCGCCAUGCACUCAGGGACUCGUUGACACGAAAAAUAUGUAUUCUGAUGAAUGUCUAAAUGGAGGAUGUCCACCUAGAAGUGCGGAAGUGCACGUUGCUCGGGCACGAGCAUGGCAGUCGCUUGAAGACAAGAAAGAGCGCGACGAAUACUUCAAGCAGCAUGGGUCGCGUUGGUCUGAACUCAUGAGACUGCCGUACUACGACUGUGUUGCUAUGACGGUCAUAGACCCGAUGCACAACCUGUUACUGGGCAAGACGGGUGUUGUAAAAAAUCAGUGGUACUCACGCUGGAUCAAGAGCGGCACAUUGCGUGCUGAUACCAAGGCAGGCACCAAGCGCGAACUGUCUGUGUUGCAUCGAUUUUUUGAUACGUUCGAGGCUCCCGAGUGGGCGGGUCGCCUUCCUCUGCGCGUGGGCGAGCCCGCUGGCGGCUCUCUCACUGCAGACGAGUAUAAGUUGUUGAUUGUUUGCCCAGGCAUGAUAAUUCUGCCAUUGAUCUGGGAUCAGUGCAUACAAGAAGCUGUGAAGGACUACGAAGCGGCAUGCAAGAAGUAU